AUGUUCAAAAGAUUUGCAUUGAAUUCAGCUAAAUGCCUUAGCAAACCAGCUUGUACUCGACAACUUAUAUACCCUCAAACCAGAUUCAUCACCAAGACAUUGCCAACUGUGGCGUCUGCUUUGAGACCAAUAGGCUCAAUUAGAGCUUAUUCGCUCAGUACUGAAGGUGAAGCUAUAGAUGAUAAAAUUGAUAAACUUACAGAUAACGAGUAUGCUAAAGUUUCCAACGAGUAUUUAGAGAACUUGUCUGAUCUGUUAGAGGAAUUGAAUGAAGACUUUGAACAAGUGGAUUCCGAAUUGAGUCAAGGGGUUUUAACUUUGACGUUGCCACCAAAUGGUACUUAUGUGAUUAACAAACAACCGCCAAAUAAACAAAUUUGGUUGAGCUCUCCUAUUAGUGGUCCUAAAAGAUACGAUUUAAUUGGCGGUAAAUGGGUCACAUUACGUGAUGGAAGUUCAUUGACAUCAUUAUUAGAGGAAGAAAUAUCAACAGCCAUUGGUCAAGAGUUUAAAUUUGAAACUGUUGAACAGUAG